AUGACAUCCUCCUAUCGUCCCAAGAGACUGCGCCCAGUCCGUUCACGAGGUCGCACCUUCUAUCUGACUGCCCUAGUCAUUACUCUCUUCGCUUGUUAUAGUUUCCUACGAGACUCUAGCCAUGGCCAUUCUUCUCAUGGCCAGCGACUCGAUGCCCGCGCCCUGGAAUCACGCGACCUCGAGUGUCGACUUGUCCAUCAUGCCAAAGACAAAUGUGCCUUUGUCAAGGAAAACUGUCCCGACGAAGAAGCCGGCCUGCUCUCCUACCUCCAACUGUAUUACUGCUCCCUUCCCGACGCCCAACCGGUCGCGUUCCUGCUCCUCGUCCUGUGGGUUAGUCUCCUCUUCAGCACGAUUGGCAUUGCUGCCUCGGAUUUCCUCUGUAUCAACCUGAGCACCAUUGCGAACAUCCUGGGUAUGAGCGAGAGUUUGACCGGGGUCACUUUUCUGGCCUUUGGAAACGGCAGUCCCGAUGUCUUCUCCACCUUUGCAGCCAUGCGCAGUAACAGUGGCAGCUUGGCUGUGGGAGAAUUGGUGGGAGCGGCCAGCUUUAUCACUGCUGUGGUCGCGGGGAGUAUGGCCUUGGUUGCGCCCUUUCAAGUCGCCAAGAAGAGUUUCGUUCGGGACGUGGGAUUCUUUGCAGUGUCGGCGAGUUUCAGUCUGGUUUUCCUCGCGGAUGGGAGCCUCCGACUCUGGGAAUCCAUCACCAUGAUUGCAUACUACGUUUUCUAUGUCUUUUUUGUGGUGGGUUGGCACUGGUGGCUCUCCCGACGACGGAGAAGAAGGCUUGCUGAGACUGCGGCGAGAUUGCAUCACCAUAUUCCGGAGUCACAGGAGCUGGAGGUGCCCGAGAUCGAGGAGGACGAAGAAGCACGUCCUGCUUCGGAACGUACUGGUCUCUUGCGCGAGCAGUCAAACGAAACUAUCCCGACCUUACGGACACCGGUGACUCCAGCCUGGAAGGUCGAAGACCUCGAUGAGGACGACGAAACGCGAGACCGAUAUCUCGCUGAACUGCAAAGCAGGAUGAGAGUCGGUCGACCAGUACGAGGCGAGAGGAGGAACACAAUGACUCCGAUCCGGCCGAGUCUGAUAGGAGCGCUGGAAUUUAGGUCUCUCAUGACUUCAUUGGAGAAGAAAGCCACCAAUGCCCAACCUAUUGGGCUUCGGAGGUACUCUGACGACGCAUCAGCCAUCCACUCACCUCUUCCGGUCAGUGCACCGCCUGGCGCUUCUCAGCCGGAGCUGAUCAGCACAAAUUAUACCGAUCUGGAGGCUGAGAGUCCGCGGCGUACGCGAGCCGUGUCUGCGAACGAUGCCACACAUUUGCGCAUUGAUACGGACUUCCUCAGCGACAGACAUUCCGAUAGAAGUUCAGAUAAUGCUCUCACCAGUGGCGAUACUACGCCAGAUCCUCCCACUGGAAAACACACCAGGCCGAGCGCGCAGAUUCUGAGCACACUCAACGAACCGUCAUCCCAAAGACCACCUUCACCUAAGCUUGUCGUGUCCACGUCAGGACACAAAGUCCCAGAGACGGGUUCUCUUUCUUCGGAGCCUUCCAGGUCGCCCAAUUUCUUGGCACCACCUGCGACGACCUUUCAUCGACCGGAUUAUAAUGAGGACCAUCACUCUGCCGGUCGAAGUCCUGUGAUGUCGCCUCGGUCCGGACCGACAUUGCAAGUACCGAUUCUGCAUACUCCACAUCCCGAUCAUUCCAAGGGAGUCUUGCGUCACGAAGAUUUUCCGCCAUACGUAGAUUCUCCGAUGCUCCUGACGCCGCGGUCCUCUCGGCCCCCAAGCAUUCACCUGCCAGCACCCAGUAUGUCUCCCCAGUCAACUCAACAUCUGGGCCUCCUGCCGGACGACGAGGAACCACCGAUGCGGAGAUUUUCAUGGUGGCCCUAUCGAUACCUUCCUGCCCCUCAGGUCAUAUGUGCGACAUUAUUUCCCACCAUUUAUGGGUGGCGGGAGAAGUCAUACAUGGACAAACUUUUGGGGUUGAUCACUGCACCCAGCGUGUUCCUCCUUGCUAUCACACUCCCGGUCGUCGAGCCCAAGGAUGACAAGCCGGCGGAUCCAGAUCCCGACCUCCUGACGCCAGCGGAGGGCACCCGCCGUAGAUCAACAAGCUACUUCGGGGCCACACCAGACAGGCCCAGUGUCAAUGCCCGGUCCGCAUCUCUUGACGGGCCACCACAUCCACACGGGACUGGACUCUCCAGACAAACGUCGGAGCACGCCAAAAGUCCUCAACCAAAGGUGGAUGAGUUGGGUGGACCCAAGGAAUGGAACAGAUGGCUGGUGUUUCUCCAAGUAUUCACGGCUCCCUUCUUUGUCGUGACCAUUGCCUGGGCGAACAUGGACGAUGAUCACACCACGAAGCUAUACGUUCGUAUGGUAUUGGGAUCACUGGUGUUCUCGCUCGUAUCGCUUCUUAUCCUCCUCUCGCUGACCACGCCUAAUCGCGAGCCCAAAUACCGACCAUUACUCUGCUUCCUGGGGUUUACCGUGGCCAUAGGAUGGAUCUCCACCAUUGCCAACGAGGUGGUCGGCGUCCUCAAAGCGUUCGGGGUGAUCCUGGGCAUAUCGGAUGCUAUUUUGGGGUUAACCAUCUUUGCUGUGGGCAACUCGUGCGGUGACUUGGUGGCAGAUAUCACCGUGGCCAAACUGGGAUAUCCCGUCAUGGCACUGUCGGCGUGCUUUGGCGGUCCGAUGCUAAACAUCUUGCUCGGAAUUGGCAUUGGAGGGUUGUACAUGAGCAUCAGCCACGCCACUCACAAGCACGCCAAACAUCCUCAAAAACCGAUCAAGUACAAACCCUACGAAAUCGAUGUGAGCACGACAUUGAUGAUAUCUGGAAUUACGCUGUUGGUGACACUGGUAGGUCUCUUAAUUGUGGUGCCGCUGAACGGAUGGAGGAUGGAUCGCAAGAUCGGAUUUGGACUGAUCUUGCUGUGGUCGGUGUCGACCGUAGGCAACGUGAUUGUGGAACUGCUUGGGUAUGGGGGAGAUACGGUAUUGUGA